UCCUUCGCCGAUAAAGGUGGCUGCUGAGGCGGCAGUGUCGGUGGCCGGUCCUGCUGCUGCUGCGCUCCAAGUUCACCUCCACCCCUGGGCUCUCUCGCCCCACGUCAGGACUGCCGCCGCCCGCUCCUUACCGCCUGGCGCUGGCCUUGCAGUGGCGACAAUGGACAAGAUCCUGGAGGGCCUGGUGAGUUCAUCGCACCCGCUGCCACUAAAGCGAGUGAUUGUGCGGAAGGUGGUGGAGUCAGCGGAGCAUGGGCUAGACGAGGCGCAGUGCGAGGCCAUGUUUGACCUGACGACCCGGCUCAUCCUGGAAGGCGAGGACCCUUUCCAGCGGCAGGUCGGGCACCAGGUGCUGGAGGCUUAUGCACGCUACCACCGGCCGGAGUUCGAGUCCUUCUUCAACAAGACCUUCGUGUUGGGCCUCCUGCAACAGGGCUACCACUCGCUGGACAGGAAGGACGUAGCCAUCCUGGACUAUAUUCACAACGGCCUGAAGCUGAUCAUGAGCUGCCCGUCGGUGCUGGACCUCUUCAGCCUGCUGCAGGUGGAGGUGUUGCGGAUGGUGUGCGAGCGGCCUGAGCCACUGCUUUGUGCCCGACUGAGCGACCUUCUGACCGACUUCGUGCAGUGUAUCCCCAAAGGGAAGUUGUCCAUCACUUUCUGUCAACAGCUGGUUCGAACGAUAGGCCACUUCCAGUGCGUGUCCACCCAGGAGAAGGAGCUGAGGGAAUAUGUCUCCCAGGUGACAAAAGUGAGUAACUUGCUGCAGAAUAUCUGGAAGGCCGAGCCCUCCACACUACUGCCUUCCCUACAAGAAGUUUUUGCUAGCAUCUCCUCCACAGAUGCUUCAUUUGAACCUUCUGUAGCAUUGGCAAGCCUUGUGCAGCAUAUUCCUCUUCAGAUGAUUACAGUUCUCAUCAGGAGCCUUACUACGGAUCCAAAUGUAAAAGAUGCAAGUAUGACCCAAGCUCUUUGCAGAAUGAUUGACUGGUUGUCUUGGCCAUUGGCUCAGCAUGUUGAUACCUGGGUAAUUGCACUUUUAAAAGGACUGGCAGCUGUUCAGAAGUUUACUAUUUUGAUAGAUGUUACUUUGCUGAAAAUAGAAUUGGUUUUUAAUCGACUUUGGUUUCCUCUUGUGAGACCUGGUGCUCUCGCUGUUCUUUCUCACAUGCUGCUUAGUUUUCAGCAUUCUCCAGAGGCGUUCCAUUUGAUUGUUCCUCAUGUGGUUAAUUUGGUUCACUCUUUCAAAAAUGAUGGUCUACCUUCUAGUACAGCUUUCCUGGUGCAGUUAACAGAAUUGAUACAGUGUAUGAUGUAUCAUUAUUCUGGAUUUCCAGAUCUCUAUGAACCUAUUCUGGAUGCAAUAAAGGAUUUUCCUAAGCCCAGUGAAGAGAAGAUUAAGUUGAUUCUCAAUCAAAGUGCCUGGACUUCUCAAUCCAAUUCUUUGGCAUCUUGCUUGUCUAGACUUUCUGGAAAAUCUGAAACUGGGAAAACUGGUCUUAUUAACCUAGGAAAUACAUGUUAUAUGAAUAGUGUUAUACAAGCAUUAUUUAUGGCCACAGAUUUCAGGAGACAAGUAUUGUCUUUAAAUCUAAAUGGGUGCAAUUCAUUGAUGAAAAAACUACAGCAUCUGUUUGCCUUUUUGGCUCAUACACAGAGGGAAGCAUAUGCACCUCGGAUAUUCUUUGAGGCUUCCAGACCUCCGUGGUUUACUCCCAGAUCACAGCAAGACUGUUCGGAAUAUCUCAGGUUUCUGCUAGACAGGCUCCAUGAAGAAGAAAAGAUCUUGAAAGUUCAGUCCUCACACAAGCCUUCUGAAAACCUGGGGUGCAGUGAAACUUCUUUACAGGACAUAGCCAGCAAGGCAGCUGUACCAACAGAGACCCCUUGCACAAGUGAUGGUGAGAAGACUUUAAUAGAAAAAAUGUUUGGAGGAAAACUACGAACUCACAUAUGUUGUUUAAACUGCAGGAGUACCUCACAAAAAGUGGAAGCCUUUACAGAUCUUUCACUUGCCUUUUGUCCUUCUUCUUCUGUGGAAAAUUUGUCUUUCCAAGAUCCAUCAUCAUCACCCAGUAUUCAAGAUGGUCUAAUGCAAGCCAGUAUACUUGAUCCUUCAGAAGAACCAAUAGUUUAUAAUCCAGCAGCAGCUGCCUUUGUCUGUGACUCGGUUGUGAAUGAGCAGACGAUCACUAGUCCUUCUGAUGAGUUUCACUUUACUGAAAACACUUCUGUCCCUACCGAACCUAACAAGAUUCUUAUUAAUAAAGAUGUACCUCAGAAGCCAGGAGGUGAAAACACACCUUCAGUAACUGACUUACUAAAUUAUUUUUUGGCUCCAGAGAUUCUUACUGGUGACAACCAAUAUUAUUGUGAAAACUGUGCCUCUCUGCAGAAUGCUGAGAAAACUAUGCAAAUCACGGAGGAACCUGAAUACCUUAUUCUUACUCUCCUAAGAUUUUCAUAUGAUCAGAAGUAUCAUGUUAGAAGAAAAAUUUUAGACAAUAUAUCACUGCCACUAGUUUUGGAGUUGCCAGUUAAAAGAACUACCUUCUCUUCCUUGUCAGAAAGUUGGUCUGUAGAUGUUGAUUUCACUGAUAUUAGUGAGAACCUAGCUAAAAAAUUAAAGUCUUCUGGGACUGAAGAAGUUUGCUGCCCAAAAUUGGUGCCCUAUUUAUUAAGUUCUGUUGUCGUUCACUCUGGUGUAUCCUCUGAAAGUGGGCAUUACUACUCUUAUGCCAGAAACAUCACAGGUACAGAGUCUUCAUACCAGAUGUGCCACCAGUCUGAAACACUGGCAUUAACAUCCUCCCAGAGUCAUUUACUAGGGGGAGAGAGUCCCAGUGCAAUUAUUGAGCAGGAUUUGGAAAAUAAGGAAAUGUCAAAAGAAUGGUUUUUAUUUAAUGACAGCAGAGUGACAUUUACUUCAUUUCAAUCAGUCCAGAAAAUUACCAGUAGGUUUCCAAAAGACACUGCUUAUGUGCUUUUGUAUAAAAAACAGAACAGUACUAAUGGUUUAAGUGAUGAUAAUCCAUCCAGUGGACUCUGGGUAAAUGGAGACCCACCUUUACAGAAAGAACUUAUGGAUGCUAUAACAAAAGACAAUAAACUAUAUUUACAGGAACAAGAGUUGAAUGCUCGAGCCCGGGCCCUACAAGCUGCAUCUGCUUCCUGUUCAUUUCGGCCCAAUGGAUUUGACGACAAUGACCCACCAGGAAGCUGUGGACCAACUGGUGGAGGAGGCGGAGGAGGAUUUAAUACAGUUGGCAGACUCGUAUUCUGAUCCUGAGAGAGUCCAAAAUGCACUGGUCACCAAGCAUUCAAUACUAUGACUGUUAAAAUGGCAGAUAGUAACAAAUAUCAUCUAUCUUUAAUUUUUCUUUUCAUUAGACCCUUAUACUUUAAGAAAACACACUCAGUGCUUUAUUUUAUUUUCUUGACAAUACAUUUUUUUAACAAAAUGCAUCAUGGGAAAAAAAUCUACCUCUUUAAAAUCCAUUUGUUUUUAUGGUUAGAUGUGCUUAACCAAAAAUGUUCAAAGGAAAAUAUGUACCUGGUCCCUAAUUAAGCUACAUUAAAUUUGGUAGAAUCAUUUAAAUGGUUUAUCUUCAGUUCUACUGAACGAAAAAAUAAUUCAUUUAGCAUCUUUUAUAAAAACAUUGAUUAAAGAGGUGAGGGAAAUAUUGUUUUAAAAAGAAAAUUCUUUAUUUCAUAUAUAGUUAUCCCAUUAUUAAAUUCAAUUUUUUGAAAAUAGUGGAGAUGAUAGUCUCCAAUGAAGGCAAUAACAAAAUUUAUCAAGCUAUAGUAUUUUUCAGGUUUUUGUUUAGUGCUACCCUUCAGCAUCCCUGAAUCUGCAUUUCAAGUACAAAUGUUUUUAAAAAGGAUUAUUUAUACAUACGUGCUGAAUUGAUUUUAAGAAAGGUGCAUGAUCCUGUAGGAGCAACAUUUUUACCUAAAACUUGCUAACUUUGUAGUAUUUCUAAUUGUCAAGAAUUUUAAAAUUCUACUUCAGGGAGUAUAUCUUCUGUGUGUUUUGAGGGAGGUGAAUUCUGUAUGUGCCUUGCAGUACUGUAAUUCAAAAAUUGGAAUCUUUGGCUGCAGAAAAGUUUUUUAAAAAAUGUAAUGUUAGAAGUAGUUUUCGUGCUAAUAUUAAAAUUCUAACUUUUUGAAAGGUCUUAGAUUUUCCAAAAGUAAAAUCUGAUGGUUCUAAAUCAAUUAAGUGUAAUAGCUCAUUUUUAACUCUUAGAAGAAUUCAGAGAAAAUGAACAUAGUUAAUUUAAAAAACAAUCGAUUUUGUUACUUAAUUCUCAGAUAAUUAAACAUUGAUCCCAUAGUGGUAGUUGUUCAUUUGAGUUUUUGUUUGUCUAUCAGAUGUUUUGCCCAGUUGUUUCUAUUUCAUAGUUUCAGAUAAAGUAUUAAAAUGCCAAACCCUACCAUCCCAUAUUUUCUUUUGCCAGGAAACUGGAAACUUGUCAGUUUUCCUAAAUCUUGAUUAUACAGUAUGCAAGAAUCAUCCCAGUUGUCUCCCUUCCUAGAGAUUCUAACGUAUCCUUGGUUAUGCAUUGUUGUGAAGGUUGGUCUCAUAUUUAUUUUGAAAACAUCCUAAGGAAAGAAUGUUCUUUGGUGAUUAGGUUUUUAUCUUUUUCCCAAGCUUUUAUAGCAGUGGUUAAAACCAGAACUCCUCGUCUUCAUUCCACUACCUCACACUCCUAACCUGUUUCUAGUCACAAAGAAGAUUAGGAAAACAGAUUGGAUUACAAACUGGAAAGUCUUUGCAGAAUUAAUCAAGGACUUGGUGUUGAAGAAAUUGAUACAGGAAAGAGAGAAUAGGAAAGACGGAAAAUAAACUUCUGUGGAGCACCAACUGAACACCCAUGUAGGUUUCUUACUGCAUUCUAUGGGAAGCAUCCCACCAGACCCUGCCCCUCCUUUCCAGGUCAACUGAAGACAACCCAUCUAGAGCCCAGCCAACAACCAGGACUUCUUUCUUUGCUUUAAAAGAUGAAUCCAGCCAAUCAGAAAUAUCUCUCAGCAGGUCAUUUGAAUGAGUCUCUGAUCUUUACACCAAGAGAACCUCAACUGAAACAGGGUACACCUGUGCUUGCUGAAGAGCAAUAAAGAGACAGAGAGAGGGAGAAAGCACCCCCACCCCAGGCAUUUCUACAUCCUGUUGGGAUUGUGAGCAGCAUGUUUUCAAGUGUCUGGGACCAGGACUGAAAUUGAGCUGUUGGUAAUCUAGCUCCCUUAACCACUAGGCCACGGGAACGGUGCCAGGGGAGGGCCAGAUGUAUCUGAUCGGAUUGGGAGACCAUGAGGGGACUGUCUCACUGGAAGGAUACCACAGCGGGGGACAAGAAAUGGAAAAUUUCUGAAUACUGAGUCAGAAUGGAGAAAUGUGUCUUGAUGAGAGCUUUUGGACUAGGAAUGUAGGGCCAGCGCCAUGGCACAGUGGUCGAAAGACCUGGAUCCCAUAUGGCUGACCAUGGUUUGAAUCCCACCCCCAUCAGCUUGAAAAACAUGCCAGAUGCAUGCAUAUCCAAAAUCCUGAAGGGAAGGAGAAAUGGAAGAAAAAGAAUUGUGGAGUGACCACACCUCACUGUUUUCAGGUUUACAGAUCCUACGGUACAAGGGGAAAAUAUAUAAGAAUAGGACUGUAGCUAAGAUCUCAAUGGAAAUGCAGCAUCAAGAUUUAAGCAAAGCUGAGGAUGUAAUGACAGUUUAUGAGCUUUCUGUUGUCUUCAUCCAGAGUUAAUCCAAACUGGAGAGAAAAUACUCAAGAAAAAGAGAGAAGCUCAUUUCCAAAGCUGCUUAAUGCAGGAGGCUUUCCAAGCCUGGAGGAAGUAACUUCAGUUUCUCCCAUCGUCUGGUCGAUGAGCUGUUGGAUCCACCAGCAGUGAAUAAAGGCUCACCUCAUUCCCGGACCUCAAGAAAAUAAAUAUUAUUCAUUCCAGAAGCCAGAUCAGUUUGAAAAGUUUCUUGAAGAAUUU